UCCAGGCUCUUAGGAGCAACAGUGAGGGGUGCUGACAGGGGCCCCCACAGGUAGCUCGCAGAGCUGGGCUCCCUGCCGUCAGGCCUGGGCCCCGGAAAGAGGGAGGAAGGUCCCUUUCUGAUGCCCCCAGCCCCGCCUCUUCCCCCUCCCUGCUCAGCUUCCUCUCUAGAGAACACUUUCACUUCCUGUUGCUCCGGCCUCCCCUUGGGACCAGACCAUGGCUCACUGGCUUCCAGCACCCUGAAGAUGGCCUGGCCAGGGGACGUGGCCCCUGCAGUCCCCAGCGAGAGGCAGAGGCUGGUCCUACCACAGACUAAUGGAGCAGGUGAGAUCCCUCCAGGGGUCCUCAGCACCCCAGAGCCGCUUCUCCGCCUUCAGAGGACAUGGGGGGUGUGGCAGGUCCCAGAGCUGGACGGCCGGGAUGCAGAGGCUCUUAUGGCCCAGUGGCCAAUGGGGAGCUUCCUGGUCACAGGCCCUGACUCCAGCCAGGCCCUGGUAUUGAGGACUUCACCUGGAGAAAUCAACACCUAUCAAAUCCAGAAGUUUCCUGGAGGUGUAUCCUUGGAAUCCUCCAAUCUCUGCAUGCCAGAUCUGCCCCAUCUUCUGGCCUUCCUGUCAGCCAGCAGGGACGUUCUGCCCAGAACACUGCUCUUGCCGCCUCCCGCUCUAACGCCUGGAGACAAACACACGGAUCCUCUGCAGGUCGGCCAGGCCCAAGCUGACACCUCUAGGAGGGUGCUGUCUGUGGUGAACCAGCUCUACCUGGACACCCACGGAAGCUGGGGGCUGGAGCUAACCCCCGAGGAGACUGCCCAGGGCCACAGUCCAGGCCCUCCCCGUCGUGCAGCCCGCAGGAACCCCGGCCCGCACCGGGUCUCCUGGGUGGAAGACCCGCCUAGCGCGCAAGUGCACCAGCCUCGGCGAGCUCUGGCCAGUCUGGCGGAGGAGCAGAGGCAGGAGAACAAGGACAACUACAGAGACGAAGAGGAAGACGCGGAGGAUGAGCUCACUGCUCACAUCCGCGCUCUGGCCAGGGCGCGGAGCAGCUACGUGGCCAGGCAGUGCCGGGCCCUCCGGGCGCGCCUCGCCUCAGACGUCAGGGGUCCCAGCGGGCCCGGGGACCCGGCCACCGAGCUGCUGCAGGAUGUGCGGCACCUCCUUACUGACCUCCAGGAUUACUUGGCCAAGGACCCCGACGUGAGAUCCGUCUUUGGGAGCAGGGCGCCUGGGGCCCCCCACAAGGACAAGGAUCUUGGCCCUGCGGUGGAGGCGGCCGUGUACCGCGCGGUACUCGCGCCCCUCAAGCCGACCCUGUGGACACAACUGCGCACGCUCCGCGCCCAGGAACUGCGCCGACUGCGGCGGCGACAAAUAGCCCUGCGGGCGGGGGCGGGGCCUGAGGGACAGAGCCCCGCCCCCGCCCUGCGGAGCCGCAUCCACGCGCGCCUCGCCCACCUGCACGCUGCGUGCUCCCCGCGCCGCAAGGUGGCGCUGCUGCUGGCUGCGUGCGGCGACGUCUACGCGGGCCUGGCGGGAGGCGAGAACCAGGGUAAAGCGGGGUGGGCGCGGGCCGGGCUGUGGAGUGGCCGUGGUAGCGGGCUCCUAUGCGCGCGUGGCGUCCAGGGAGAGGGGAGCUCGCGCUGGUGGCAGGUGGCGGCGGGGACCUGGGAACCAGAUGGCGGUGACUGUGCACCCCAGCCACCUCGGGACCUGACCUCCGGCUUCCCCAGAGCCCCUGGGGGCCGACGCCUUCCUGCCUGCGCUGACCGAGGAGCUGAUCUGGAGUCCGCACAUCGGGGAGACGCAGCUGGACGUGGAGUUUCUUAUGGAGCUCUUGGAUCCAGAGGAGCUUCAGGGAGAGGCCGGGUACUACCUGACCACGUGGUUCGGGGCGCUGCACCACAUUGCCCACUACCAGCCCGACGCGGGCCGCGCGCCCCGGGGGCUCAGCUCGGAAGCCAGCGCCUCCCUGCGCCAGUGGCACCGCCGGCGGACGCUGCACGGACAGAACCGGCCCGGAGCCCAGGCCCAGCUGCCUUUUGAGGAGCCGUGGGCAGUAGGGACGGUGAGGAGCCCCGUUGAUCAUUAGGGGUCUCAGUCCCUCUGUUCCUCAAGCAGAGGUGGGAAGCAGCUGGGACGACGACAUGUGGCUUAGGGGAAGCAAGGAGGAGGGGGCCCAGGAAAAGGGUCCUUUGCCCUGACUAUCUGCUGCCAGGCAUGUCCUUCCCAAUAUCCACAGUGCGCCUUGGCGGCCUGUCAGGUCCUGGUGCAGAUGUGACCUCAGUGAAGUUCUCCCAGCCACCCCUAUCUAAAAUGCAACCACUCCCACCUGGCCGUCCCCUUAGUAGGAGAAUCAUGCGCCCCCAAAGAUGUCCACAUCAUCAUCAUCAUCAUAAUCUGCGGGAAUGGGGGCUUUACAGGGGCGAUGACAUUAAGGACUAAGAGGAGGUUACCCUGGAUUCUGGUGGCCCUGUGCAGUCACAAGGGUCCUUAUAAGAGGCAAGAGGGUCAGGGCCGGAGAAAAAGGAUCGAUGUGGCCAAGAACCCAGAGAAGAUGCAGACAUUCUAGAAGCUGAAAAAGGCAAGAAAUGGAUUCCCUCCAAACCUGCAGGAGGAAGCACGUACCUUUGAUGUUAGGCACCUAGUACCCAUUUUGGACUUCUGACCUCCAAAGUUGCAAGAUAAUAAAAUCAUGGUUUUUAAACCACUAAGA